AUGCCUCAACUUCCCGCCCGACAAGGUGUCGCUACCCCGCUAAAGCAAGGCCAGAGUCUCCAAGUCAUCAAUACACAUGGAAAGCAAGUGGUCGACUUUUGGGCUUUCACAUGGGAAGAUGGUCAUGAAUACCUCUCGAUGAGUCACACUCGAGCAAUGCUUGCAAGCAUCUCUUUGCGCAAGGGAAACAAGCUAUACAGUUCUCGCCGCAAACCCAUCUUGACUCUUGUUGAUGACACGACCCCAGGCAUCCACGACUUACUAUUCCCCGCUUGCGAUGCUGAGCGCUAUCGCCAAUUGGGCGCUGUGGGGUAUCAUGACAGUUGCCACGAUAAUCUGCACAGAGCUCUGGUAGAAUUGCCUAGGAUCAAGCCCAGAGCCGGUUGGGUCCCCGAUCCGCUGAACAUGUUUAUGAAUGUGGCUGUGGAUCAUCAUGGUGGAAUUGAUAUCCGUGCUCCUACCAGCGACAAAGGCCAAUACGUUAUUCUGAGAGCUGAGGUCGAUCUUGUCGUCGUCAUGAGCGCGUGUCCUCAAGAUAUGGUCAAUGUCAAUGGUGAAGGGCCUGCUGAUUGCGAGUAUCGUGUUCUUGAGUAA